AAAGAUCCAUCCACAAAUCCCAAAUACCAAAACUGCCAUAAAAUCCCAAAUACGACCCGAAUCCGAUGGCUCCUGUUCUUCUAGGCCCGCCCGAAAUCCACAGCCCUGCCGGAAAACCGUCUCCCAAUUCCGCCACUUUCGAUGUCGGAAAACCACAUCCCAAGACCGACCCGCUCAUGGACCUAAUGACCAGCCACUUCAACGCCCCGACCUGCACCAGAGUACCGCCCAUGGGGUUGACGGAAAACUGCUCUCCCACGUUCCUAUCCACCGGAAACCCGUGCCUCGACUUCUUUUUCCACGUCGUACCAGACACACCGCCGGAAACUCUGACCGACCUACUAAAAUCGGCCUGGUCCCACAACCCGUUAACGACGCUAAAACUCAUCUGCCAGCUGAGAGGUGUAAGAGGCACUGGAAAAUCCGACAGGGAAGGUUUCUACACGGCGGUUUUGUGGCUCCACCAAAACCACCCAAAGACGCUCGCCUUGAAUAUAAGGUGGUUUUCCGAUUUCGGAUACUUAAAAGACUUGCCGGAGAUUCUAUUCCGUCUACUCGCAGGCGCUGGCGUCAGAAAGAUCGCAAAAGAGGAGAGAGAAAAGAAGAGAAAACGAAAAUACUCGUACAGACGCAGGCGGUACGGACGGAAAGCCGCCGCAACGAAACAGAAACCGUUACGAAUCGGGUCGAGGGAAGACCGGGUUGCGGCCGAGUUAGAGCGAGUCAAGAUCGAGAAAGAGAAGGCGAGGGAGCUUAGGACGAUGAAAAUCGUGGAGAUGGCGAAGCUGGCUGUCGAGCGGUACAAUCGGGACCCGGACUACCGGUUCUUGCACGAUCGGAUCUCGGAUUUCUUCGCCGAAUUGCUGAUCAGAGAUAUGGAGUCCUUGAAUUCUGACAAAUUGACGAAGAUCGGGCUCGCCGCGAAGUGGUGCCCCUCGCUCGAUUCGUCAUUCGAUCGGUCGACGCUUCUCUGCGAGAGCAUUGCGAGGCGGGUCUUUCCCCGGGAAUCGGAUCCGAUCUAUGCGGAGGUCGAUGAGCGGCAUUACGCGUACAGAGUCCGCGAUCGCCUGCGGAAGGAAGUGCUUGUUCCGUUACGAAGAGUUCUGGAGCUUCCAGAGGUUUAUAUGAGCUCGAACAGGUGGGACACGCUCCCUUACAACCGGGUCGCGUCCGUCGCGAUGAAGAAUUACAGGAAGAUCUUUAAGAAGCACGACCCGGAGAGGUUCUCGGCAUACCUCGAUCAAGUCAGGCAGGGGACGGCGAAGAUCGCAGCUGGAGCAUUGCUUCCGCAUGAGAUCCUGUCAUUCAGAUCCGAUGGCUUGGAAUCAGAGAUCGAUCAGGUGGCGGAGCUGCAGUGGAAGAGGAUGGUCGAUGAUCUUUCGAAGAAGGGGACGCUAUCGAAUUGCCUGGCGAUCUGCGACGUGUCUGGAAGCAUGGCCGGCACCCCGCUGCAGGUCUGCAUCGCGCUCGGGCUUCUAAUUUCGGAGCUGAGCGAGGAGCCGUGGAAGGGGAACGUGAUCACAUUUAGCAAGAAUCCCGAAAUGCAUCGGAUCUGCGAUGGCACUCUGCAGGAGAAGGUUGAAUUCAUCGAAAGGAUGGAGUGGGGCAUGAACACGGAUUUCCAGAAGGUGUUCGAUAAAAUUCUCGAUGUGGCAUUGGCGGGCCGUCUUGAGCAGGAGCGGAUGGUGAAGAGGGUGUUUGUUUUCAGCGACAUGGAGUUUGAUCAGGCGUCAGAAAAUGGGUGGGAGACGGAUUAUGAGGCGAUCCAGAGGAAGUAUGGGGAGAAGGGGUACGGAUCGGCGGUGCCGGAGAUAGUGUUCUGGAAUUUGAGGGAUUCAAGGGCGACACCGGUGGCAGGGAAGAAAGAAGGGGUGGCGCUGGUGAGUGGGUUUUCGAAGAACCUGUUGAAGCUGUUCUUGGAAGAGGGUGGGGUGGUGAGCCCUGAGGCUGUGAUGGAAGCUGCCAUUGCUGGGAAGGAGUAUCAGAAGCUGGGUGUCUUUGACUGAGGAAAACACGUGUUCGUACCACUAUCGCGGUACCCUGACAUGACUAAUCAGAGGGAUC